GGAUGAGCAAAAGUGAGGAAGAUCAAGUGAAAAACUAAUUAGUAAGAUAAAGGGAAAGGGCACAAAAUAAAAAAAGCAGCGGUUUUUCCGGUGCAAAGGCCUUAACAGGAGAAAGAAUGUGGUGCAUACGUGGCAAGAGAUUGAUCGUUAGAUCAGGAACAGAAAGCAAAAAGACGAGGAUGAGCAUGGCAAACAAUUCGUGAUGGGAGAGGUGACAGGCAUCCACAUAUAGAGAAGAGAUGGAAGAAAGAGAGACAGUUAAGUCGGUGAGUGAGUGAAAGAGUUCAGUUUUUUAAGAUUUAGAUAAAAAGAGAGAGUUGUUUAUUUCUAGGCACAUAAGAAGAGCUGCUCAGAGCCUAAAAAACACAAACUCAAAACCAGCAGUAAGUCACAGAGAGAGAGAGAGAGAGAUGGGGUGAUUGAAGAAAGAGAAAGUUCAAGAGCAUGGCGGCUAUUGCAGAUAGAGAGCUGUAAUCCUAAGAAAAUAGUAGCUACAAACACCAACACAUACACUUUGAUUGAGAAAGAAGAUCCAACUUGAAGAAAAGAGUUGGAAGACCGUUCCUCAAGCGUCCUCUCUCUAUUUCAACUCUGAGAUACAAGACAAACAACUUUCGACGAAAAUUUCAACUAUCGAAGUUUCAUUACUCAUAAUUUUCGUAUAAUAUCUUCUACUUUUAUAAUUAAACUAGUGAGAGGCUCUGAUAUUGAGUAAAUGUCAUAAUUGGGGAGUAUUUCAGAUAGAAAGCAAAACCAAAUGGCUGGGUUUUUCUCUUUAGGUGGUAGCAGUAGUGGAGGAGCUGGAGGGAGAGCAGGCAACAACAUUUAUCAAGACCUUCACCAAAAUAUUAACCCACCAAACGCAAUUCCAAUUGAUGCUUGGUACUGGUACAGAAACAACGAUAAUCCUUACCAGGGUUUAGAGCUAUUUCAACAUCAAGCUCAACACCUGCAGCAACGACAACAGCUUCAACAACAGCAAGAUCUUUACUCAACAGCAGCUGGUUUAGCCGUGGGACCAAGCAAGAAUGCAAUCAACGUGGUUGACGAUUCACCGUCAAGAUCGACGCCGAUGAGAGGUGGUAGAGUAGGGAGCUCUAGUUGUCAAGACUGUGGUAACCAAGCAAAGAAAGAUUGCUGUCACAUGCGGUGCAGAAAUUGUUGUAAGGCCCGUGGCUUCGAUUGUCCGACCCAUGUUAAAAGCACCUGGGUCCCUGCUUCCAAACGACGCGAGAGGCAGCAACAAGUUGCUGAAAUGCAAAAACAAAAGCUAGAAGAACGUUUGCAACAAGAAGAGCAAGCUCGUCGAGGGAAUUCAAAGAGGCAGAGAGAAAAUCCAAGCUCUUCUUCUUUUGCCUCAGGGUUAGAAGAAGGAGAUUUUCCUGAGGAAGUGAGCUUUCAAGUGGCAUUCAGAUGCGUCCGAGUGACAAGCCUUGACGAUGAUGAGGACCAAUAUGCUUAUAAAACGGCCGUAACCAUAGGAGGCCAUCUCUUCAAGGGUAUUCUAUACGAUCAAGGUCCGGAUAAUAACUACACCACUGGUGAGAGCUCUACCGGUGGUGGAUUUCAGGGCUCUGCGGCACUAAAUUUCAUUCCUGCUGACCCCGUCACCACCCCUUCAGCAACCGUUUCCGCCACUGUAACUGGGGGUCUUGUUACAGCUCCUUCUUCCUCGUAUCUUGAUCCUUCUACUUUAUACCCGACUCCGCUCAACACUAUUAUGGCUGGUACGCAAUUCUUCCCCAGCCCAAGGUCCCCUUAGAGCUCCGUGUGCUCAUUAUCUCUUGGUUACUAUUUGUCUUCCAUGCUUUCACCGUUAGAUUAAUAUGUGUUUAUGUUCAUGUUAAUUUUCAAGUAGAUGUGGUAUGAUUGAAACUUGCCUAAGUAUUAGGUCUCAAUUAAGGGCUAAAACUUUGAAGGACGAGAGAAAAACACUAAUGAUGUUUAAUUCUCCACUCCAAAUUCAAAGUUUUAUUUCUCAUUAUCUUGUUAUAUAUAAAUAUAUUUAUAUUCUCCCUAAGAUUACUGUUCUCUCAGUAAAAUAUAUUGUGUUUUUGUGUGAAAUUGGCAGACAUCAAAUGUAGCCUAGGAGCAUGGUGUGUUUGUUCUCUGUUUAUUUCUUUUUUAAUAUAGACUUUUAUUAUUUUGAA